CAAAUAAGGCAAGUAGAGGAUUAAAUAUUUGGAAUUAAAAUUAAAGAGACAUAAUAGUAGAGGGAGUGGAACAGAUUUAUAGCUUAUAUAUUUUUAAAAUUUUAAUAUCCUACAAAAAGGUCAAAAACGUCGUAAAGAAAGGGCUUUUCAUUUCGAUUCAGAUGAAGCUUUAAAAACUAAAAAGGGAAAGAAAACAUAAAACAUAUUCAGUUUUCUUUUUCUCCCUAUUUCUGAUGUCUCAUGUAUAUUGGAUUCUGAUUUUGAACCUUUGGAUCUUAAAAGCGACAUCGUUGCAAUCGGGAUCGAGGACGGUGCUUCGAGAGAUUGGCAGCGGCGGCGGUGGUAGUGAUCCGAAGGAUUAUGGCGUUGAACUGAACGCCACGAAUUUCGAUGGAGUUCUCAAGGACACUCCUGCUACUUAUGCUAUAGUCGAAUUCUUCGCUCACUGGUGUCCUGCUUGCAGAAAUUACAAGCCCCACUAUGAAAAAGUUGCUAGGCUUUUCAAUGGACCUGAUGCGGUGCAUCCUGGUAUCAUAUUGAUGACCAGAGUUGACUGUGCAUUAAAGAUAAAUACCGGUCUUUGUGAUAAGUUUUCUGUUAGUCACUAUCCUAUGCUGUUUUGGGGUCCUCCUACAAAGUUUUCCACUGGCUGGAAACCCAAUCAAGAAAAAAGUGAAAUACGUGAAGUUGAUAAUUGGCGAACAGCAGAACUCUUGCUUAAUUGGAUCAAUAAGCAAAUAGGCAGUUCAUAUGGCUUGGAUGAUGAAAAGUUUGAAAACGAGCAACUUCCAUCCAAUAUAUCAGAUCCUGGACAGAUUGCUCAAGCCAUUUAUGAUGUGGAGGAGGCAACCGCAACUGCAUUUGACAUCAUUUUAGAACAGAAGAUGAUUAAAUCAAAAACUCGAGCUUCACUUAUAAAAUUUCUUCAGCUUUUAGUCGCUCAUCAUCCUUCCCAGAGGUGCCGAAAAGGAAGUGCUGAAGUACUUGUGAACUUUGAUGAGUUCUGCCCGUUAGAUAUGUGGUCAUCUGAUAAACAUGAUGUUCCCACCAGUAACCUGAAAGAGGUGCUACAUGAUUUCCAGAUUUGUGGAAAGGAAGUUCCCCGUGGAUACUGGAUGUUUUGUCGUGGCAGCAGGAACGAAACCAGGGGCUUUAGUUGUGGAUUGUGGGUUUUGAUGCAUUCACUUUCAGUGAGGAUUGAGGAUGGAGAAAGCCAGUUUGCGUUUACAUCUAUAUGUGAUUUUAUUCACAACUUCUUUAUCUGUGAGGAGUGCCGUCAACAUUUUUAUGAAAUGUGUUCAAGAGUUACUAGUCCUUUCAAGAAAUCACGUGAUUUUGCCCUUUGGUUGUGGAGUGCUCAUAAUGAAAUUAAUGAUAGAUUAAUGAAGGAAGAAGCAUCUCUAAAAACCGGAGAUCCAAAGUUCCCUAAGAUAAUUUGGCCUCCAAAGCAACUUUGUCCUUCAUGUUAUCACUUGCAAGGUCCCAAAGAUAAAGGAACCAAUCAGAUUGAUUGGGACCAGAAUGAAGUGUUCAAGUUCUUAAUGAGUUAUUAUGGAAAUACACUUAUAUCUUUGUACAAAGGAAAGGGCGUUCUUGCUGAUGAUAGGGCCAAUGCUACCCUGGAUGAUUUGGUGACCUCAACGAACACAGUCGUGGUGCCUAUUGGGGCUGCAUUCGCUAUUGCCAUUGCUAGCUGUAUGUUCGGAGCACUUGCUUGCUACUGGCGGUCACGGCAGAAGAGUAGAAAGCCAAGGAGGAGCUGGAACUAAGAUUUACUUAGACAACAGAAAUAUACAACCUUUAAGAUGCCUGGUCUGAUGAGCUCGAGCUUGAAGAAGAAAUCCGGUUUCAGCCCUUUAUCAACAGUCCCACUUGAGGUCCCAUUCUUUACCAGUUCUGUUCUUUCAUGAAGCUAAUCCUGAAAUAUAGUUUUGGUGCUAUAAUAUUUAACAUGGUUUUGAUUUUGAGAAAGAAAUGAUAUAUAUAUUGUUCUUACGAUUGCCGUUUGAUCACAUUUGACAUACUGCAUUGACUUUUGUUAAUUGUCCGAUCCAUGCUGUCGAUUGAUACCCUUACUUGAUUCUGUUCUUCGUAAGUAUUUUUUUUUUUUUUUUGGUUAAUACUAGAGAGGAAAGAACCAAACUGUAAGUUGAAUGCGGGGAUAUUGUAUAUAGCUCUUGUAAGUUUAUUUCAAGACUUUGAUUCUGCAUUUUAA